AUGUUUUUCGUGUACACCCAGUUGGGUCAAGACGUUUUUGAUUUUUUUUACUGCAAUUAUCUUGCUUUAAUCGGUCUAGGCGUUUUCCUGCUAGUUAUUCGUUCAUCUUUUGUUCCCGUGUUGCUGGGUGAAAUCGCGACUUCUGGUGGUUGUUUGUAUAAUUGGAUUCAUCGGCGUUUCAAAUGGGAAGUCCACUCUACUUUUAACAAUGGAGUUGAUGCUGCUGUAGACCAUAUUCAACAAAAGUUCAAAUGCUGUGGUUCAAGGAGUUAUCGUGAUUGGACAGAUAGCGUCUUUCAAAACCAUUCGAAACUAAAUGAAAUAUUUCCAUAUCCUGAAUAUUCCCUGGUUGUUCCUGAUUCUUGUUGUGUAAGAUCAGUUAAAAGUUGUGGAACAUUACCACAUCCAUCAAAUGUAUACAAUGAGGGUUGUAUGGAGUCAAUACUUCUCAACCUACGAGAACAGUAUUACAUUAUAUGCGUGGUAGCACUUGCUCUUGUAUCUGUGGAGUUUUUCGGUGUAAUACUUGCAUGCUGCUAUUCGAAAGCACCAAAAAUGAGCCAUUAA